ACAAAACAAAACAAAACAACAGCACUGACGUCCCCCGCCGCCACCAUGCCCAAAAGAAAGGCUGAAGGGAAUACUAAAGGAGAUAAAGCCAAGGUGAAGGAUGAGCCACAGAGAAGAUCUGCAAGGUUGUCUGCUAAACCUGCUCCUCCAAAGCCAGAACCCAAGCCUAAAAAGGCCCCUGCAAAGAAGGAGGAGAAGGUCCCCAAGGGGAAGAAGGGGAAAGCCGAUUCUGGUAAGGGUGAGAGUAAUCCUGCAGAAAAUGGAGAUGCCAAAACAGAGCAGGCACAGAAAGCUGAUGGUGCUGGAGACGCCAAGUGAGAUGUGUGCAUUUUUGAUAACUGUACUUCGGUUGACUGUACAGUUUGAAAUACUAUUUUUUAUCAAGUUUAUAAAAAUGCAGAAUUUUGUUUUACUUUUUUUUUUUAAGCUAUGUUGUUAGC